AUGAAACAGUUCGUACCUUCAUGGAAACUGACAACUGAAAAAGUGACAGUUUCGGAGUUUCCCCAGAGGACAAACGAAGGUGGAAGCGUCAAAUCGUUUCUGCCAAAUUCAAUGGAAGCGGAAAGCCGAUCUGGAACAGGCAUCAAUACCCUUGGAUACUUACAAUGCUGCAUUCCUUGUGUGCACAUUCUGGAAAACAGAGGAUCAAUGGAGGGAUGGGCACUUUUGCAGGCUAAGGUGACAAGCCUCUUACGUCUUCUUCAUAUAAACUUAGUUAAGGUAUUAAUGACAGUGGUCCUGGAGGCUUGUGCUUUUCCAGUUUUCCACGUUUUUAUUGGUAACAAGAUGCAUUGAUUCUUACUGACUGCUGAAUCCAUACCCAUAUCGGUGGACCAAAUGUAGAGUGUCUCUUGAGAACACCUGGGAGCCCAACUCCUCUUACCAUCAUUCAUGGUGUAGAUCUGGGAUGUAAUCUUUUGGGUGGCAGACUGCUAGGAGUCUCCAAAAUCAUUGCUAAAUAUACACAUUAUCUUUGAACAACUUUUGGUCAAUUACUACUGGUUUAGUAUAACUGAAACCCCUUAAUAUUUGAAAUUGAAAUAGAAUUUAGAUUUGGUGAUUCACAUUUAGAAUCUUGUUUGACUCAUAUGGAGGGUGUGGAUGUUCCUAUGCCCAAUGAUGUGCAUGUUCAAGGAUAAUAGGAAAUGGACACUAU